UGUGACGUCGGCUUCAUGAGCAAACCACAACUAUCUGGCUUGUUGGCUUUGUGUAGUGAGCGAGCGAUGCAGAUUGAGGACAGAGAGGGGCUGAUUUUUUUGGAGGUGCAGGUCUACGGAGUCAUAUUUGUGGCUUAAAUUUGAGGUAGAAAAGGCAGAUUUUGAGUCUUAUUAACGUGCAAUAAUUACUGUUCCUUAUCAAUGUGCAAUAAUUACUGCUCUGUGCGCAGGCACAUCGCUGCAUGCGCUCUGUCACUCCCUUCCUCUCGAGUCGGUGUAUGAGGCAAGCCUGUGUACUAGUGUACCUCCGGCCGGGUUUUGGGGACUGGGCUCCUUGCUGGGGCUUGCGGGUUUGCUGCCAGGAUAGCGGUGAGGCGUACGGGCGUGUUCAGUGCACAAAAUGCGUGCCUGUUGUUCGCUCUCCGGGAGGUGAGGGCCGUGAUGUGAUAAUCCUUUUUUUUUUUAAAUGUUCUCGCGAUUGACCGUCAAAGUGAUAAUACUUUUUUUUUUUAAAUGUUCUCGCGAUUGACCGUCAAAGUCCCAAAGAUCAACUAGUAGCUCACUAUUGAAGGGUUGGCGACCCCUGGUGUAGAGAUUAACCUUAACCAAAGCAAGCAGUCGUGUCUCGCCUUUUUUAUUUUGCUGUGCGCCCUUCCCCCAGCCUUCACUGUUUCUCCAAGAGUAUCCCUGAGCUGGAUUUAUGUCUCCAUGGCAAUUUAUACAGUUCUCUUUAGCAAGGUCACCUUCCAAAGAGUACUAAAAGUCACCCAGUGGAAUUAGUAACAUCCCUCGCACUUAGGUAGUUCCAUUUCAAGAGACAGGGAGAAGGAAAAGAAGAUGUGUGUUUGUGUUUGUGUUUGUGUUUGUGUGUGUGUGUGUGUGUGUGCGCGUGCUUGGAUACGAGGAAAACUGAUGCCAAACGAGAUGAAAGAGGAGCAUAGAAAGCAGAAGAAGGAGAGCAAGGCGCGGGGGAGGGGUGUAUAAUAAACAGCACUGGCUGCUAUUCGGAUGAAGAAAAGCUAAAUGUCCAGUACAUGUGAAGCUUCCGCACGCCGUCACACUACAUCAUUUCACUUGUGUCUGCCAAGCCAAACUAAAUCCAUCCUUCUCACUUAAGUUCAGACACUUUCAACUCCUCCUGGCUGCGGUCCUGGCCAGCAUCACCCCGCCCCCCCACAGUCUGAUGGGGGUCGCCUUCUUUGCGCCACAUCAAUAUUUUAGCGCUCCGACUCCUGGGGGGAGGAACACGGCCCACUCAGAACCCAGGGGGAGGUGCUGAUGGAGAGGCCUUGCGGGAGGAAGACAAGCUGUGUACAGACAGUUACGAGGGAGGGAAGGACAGUUAUUGACUGGACACACUGAAAUGGGAGGCUGGAUAUGAUGGAGAAAAGUCAACAGAAAACGACAAUGAAGGAAGCACCAUAGUGGGAUUUAUUCCUCUUUGACCUAACUCUUCUCUGACCUGGGCAGCAGACUAAUAAGGGAUCCUCCACUCACGCUCACGUCAAGGCUUCUGAGAAAUGAGCUACCAAUGAGUCAACUGCUAGGUCUGGGGGUCUACUAGAGGGUGGGGCCUCCUUGCCAUCAUGAAAGGGCUGGGGACCAGCCAUAGCAGACACCUGUCUGACUCCUGUGACCCUUCCUCUGGCCACGUAGAGGCCCUCUACCCUCAGAAGACCAGCACCAUGCCACGCAGUCCUUACCUGCUGAGCCCUACAAUGGACCACUAUGGAACUAUGGACCCCCAUCUCUACCCUUCCGCUAACCCAGGCUCCCUUCCAGCAGAAUGCCUGCUGCCCCUCAACAACCAGCUGUCAAACAGCAGCACCUUUCCUAGGAUUCACUACAACUCCUAUGACCCAUCGGACUUCUCUCCACCUGCAGAGAGUAUCGGUGGAAUUGGAACAGGGACCUUGGGUGCGUCCAUGUCCAUGGGCAUGGGAGCAGGAAUGGGCAUGGCCGAGCUGAGUGGGCGAUCUCUGAUUACAAGCGGUUCUGCUACAAUAUCACAUCACAUGACCAAGCACCAAACACCAGCCAGCCUGCUGCAGUUUGACAAGCAGCUACCUGGAGGCCGGGAUGGCUUCAGCACGUUACAGUUCCACCGAACAUCUGCGCUAGCAGCCGCCAAGCAGCGUACGGACAGUCCUGGCCGCAUUCGUUACAUGCUGCACUCUGUGCAGAAGCUCUUUGCCAAGUCUCAGUCACUGGAGAGCCACAACAUGAAAGGAAACAUCAACGGACGCUCCACAGGCAGUGGUGGGGGCUCAUCGAGCACUGACGAUGGAGGAAAGCAUACCCGCAGGUCCAAAAGUAAAGACCGUGGAACUAAAGCAGAAGCAACCGCCAAACGACGACCGCGCUCCAACAUGUCAGGGUACUGGAGCUCAGAUGAUUUGGACAGCAGUGACAUAAGCAGCUUCCACAACACCAUGGCAAUGAUGACCAUGGGACGUCCCACUGGGCAUGAGAGCCAGACCAGAUAUAUUCCCAGUGGCUACAACACCAUCAGCUCAUCCAAGAGCAGCAGCGACAUGAAGUAUCAGACACCUGGAAGUGGAGGAGGAAACGGACUUGGAGGUAUAGGACAUAUGGUUAUGAAUGAUAAUGACUUCAUGAAAGGAGGGUCCUGGUCUGCACUGACUAUGGGCCAGCCAAGACAAGUGAUCCAGAAGGGCUCAGCCACUUUAGACAGGUCCUUGCUUAAAUCCAGGUCAUGCCAACAGGAGCUAACCUGCAACUACCUGCAGGUUGGACGACGGGGGGAUUGGAGUAGCUCAUUAGGUCGCAGCGGGGGUGCCAAUGAAAUUCCGUGUCGGCGGAUGCGCAGCGGGAGCUACGUGAAAGCCAUGGCGGACAUGGAGGACAGCGACGACUCGGAGGGGAGCCCCAAACCCUCACCAAAGACUGCCGCUCGCCGCCAGAGCUACCUCAGGGCCACGCAGCAUUCUCUGAGUGACCAGCUACCCCCACGCAACAGAACCCUGGAUUAUACCUUUUUGCACGGGGAGCUGGAUACCCUGUGGUCUCCCCUCCACAGUGUGUCCUCCCUCCACCAGCUGGGCAGGUCAAUGAGCAGCUGUCUUCCAUCUCUCAGAGAGCUCGCCAAUAACCGCAGCGUGGACAACCUAGACUGCAUUGGGGGUACGGGCUCGCCUGUGCCACACUGGGAUGAUGAUGACUUUAGCCAUGCCUGCAGCACUUUGGGCAGACGUAGCUGCGUGGGACAGCUACGGGACCUUGACAUGAGUCAUCCUUAUGAGGACCGUAGCUCCGACUCCACAUACAGAGAUUCACGUUCCCACUCUCAGGAUAACCCGGAGCCUCCAGACUUGCCCAUGCCCACUUGCUUCCGCUCCCGAAGCCACAGCUACCUGAGAGCCAUCCAGGCGGGCUGCUCUCAAGAUGAUGAUGUGGCUUCCAUAGACUCAGGCUCGCUCCCUCCGACUGACACCACUGUUCGCACCUAUAGCACCAGCACUGACGGCCUUUCUACACAGUGGAAGACAUGGAAAGAACAGUUUGGCUCUUACCUGAUAGCCAAUGGCUUGGACAAAGCCCCAAAGGAGAAACAGCUUGCAAUAUUUCUUCAGCGUUUGGGAACAGACAGACCACGCAUCAUACCCACACACACAGUCUCAUGCAUCACAACCUGUAAGAAGGCCGCUCCCCCGCCAGUGCCGCCACGCACAACCUCCAAACCGUACAUCUCUGUAACAGUACAGAGCAGCACGGAAUCCGCACAGGACAAUUACUUGGAACAAAGGUCAGAGGUCAACAGCCAGUCUAGCCACGCACACAGCAACUCAUCCGACAGCCUUGACAGCACCCGCGCCAACAGCCUAGCACGGGGAAUACCUCGCCCUCCACACAUUAUCCCCACUCCUAUCGCCACCCCAAGAGAGCCGCUCGCCCCCACCACCGCCAACGCUUCCACUGAAACAAGCAACUCGAUCGUCCAGCAUGAAUCCAUGAAGUCAGGGUUGAGUAACUCGGACACAGACGAAGCUCUUGUGGUUCCAGUGCCCAGACGGAAACUCUCGUCCAUUGGCAUCCAGGUUGACUGUAUACAAGAAGUUCCACGCGAGGAGACCCCACCACUUGCCAAGUUUCAGUCCAUCGGAGUACAGGUGGAGGACGGGUGGCAACCCACUCAUCCUUCUAGCAUGGCCUCCAAACAAGACACCGACUCAUAUACGCAGGACAUCCCUGUCAAACCCAACGUUAGUCAGGCUAAACCCACUGAGAAGAAAGUCAUGGUCAGUAGUGCCAGCCAGUCUUUGAGCUCCCCUCCCGGACAGGACUCGUUAGACAACGGCGACACCACUGGUGAAGCUUCCUCCCCGCCACCUCCAAGGCAGAUCCUCAACCGCUCCACCACGCGAAGUAGCUCUUCCUCUUUCUCAGAAAGCCUUGAUCCAGCUCUGGACCCCUCAUCACUACCACCCCCAGAACCCUGGCUGGAGAGCGGGAAUGGUAGCAGCAGCAGUACCCCCCAAAGUGUUAGUGGAGGGGGCACGUUAUGUCGAAGAGAUGGCCACUGGUUCCUGAAACUACUGCAAGCAGAAACGGGACGCAUGGAAGGAUGGUGCCAACAGAUGGAUCAGGAGACCAAAGACAACCAGCUCUCAGAGGAGGUACUGGGCAAGGUCCGCAGUGCAGUCGGAAGUGCCCAGCUCUUAAUUUCCCAGAAGUUCCAGCAGUUCCGGGGGCUUUGUGAACAAAACUUGAAUGUGAAUGCCAAUCCUCGGCCCACACCUCAGGACCUGGCGGGUUUCUGGGACCUGCUGCAGCUCUCCAUUGAGGACAUCAGCCUCAAGUUUGAUGAGCUCUACCAUCUCAAGUCCAAUGACUGGCACCCUGUGCUGUCUGUGGCUGCCCAGUCGCCCCCUGAGCGGAAGGACGAAGAGAAGGCGCCAAAGAAGGCUGGUAAAGGACGGCCCUCGCUGUGCCGCGAGAAGAGCACAGAGUCCUCUUCCACCUCUUCUUCGGUUUCGGCGGAGAAGCAGAGACAAGAGGCUCGCAAGCGUCUGUUGGCUGCCAAGAAGGCCGCUUCUUUUCGCCAGAACUCUGCCACCGAGAGUGCAGACAGCAUUGAAAUCUACGUCCCAGAAGCACAGACUCGCCUUUGAGAGCGACAGUAAGAAAGGAAUGUAAGGUCAGAUCAUAGGAUGGAUACGUGUGGCUGAAAAAUACCUGCAAAGGGAAGAGGGACACUUUUGCAAUGCAAAUGACAAAGUGGGAUAGAGUGGGGGAGGAGAAGCCAAAUUCCCCAUGGCCAGAGUGGGGGUUGAUUUUAGCUUACUUGCACAGUUUGUAGGCUGGUCCUGAAGGCAUCAACUCCAUUCAUAUACUGUAUAUCAAACAGAAAAUGACACACAUUAACUUUUGUGUACUUUACAAACAGUAUUAUGAAAGCUGCCAAUGAAUAACCUUGUCCUUACUAAUAUAUAUCAUAGACAAUGCAUUUAACAACUGUAUUACUAUCACAUCCUCUAAAUAUUUUCAAAAAUGUGUUCUACAUUGGCUAUAAGAUGUAUUUAGAGGCCACAGUUCAGUUGUCCCCAGACUGGCCAUUUUGUAGCUUUGCACAACACCGCCUUGUGGCCAUCAUACAAACUACAUGCACACACAAAAACAUGUAUGUAUGUCUUCCUUAUAUUGAUUUGUUUACUUCAUUCAUCCUUUCUUUUGUAAAAGCUCCUACAUACUUACUGCAGAUCAGGUUAUUAUGAGUAUUUUGAACUGUGAUAUGAUGAAAAUGAAAGUCAGGUCUGAAGGGGUAUUUAUAUAUUUCCUAGUGCUUAUGUGUCUGUCGUGAUGUUUUGUGUCAAAGAGCGAGGUAAGGAUUUAUACAGGUUGAUUUCUUAAUGAGUUUCAAUGAACACACAUGUCCGUGUGUUGAAGCACUGAGCAGGUUGCAAUUAUUUGUACAAUGCUUCUCCAUCUGUGUUCAGAUUUUUAGAGUAUGAGUAUGAAGGAUAAUACUCUUUCCUGGCGACGUACUUUAUCACUCAUGGUUAGUUGGUAGAUUUCUGUGCAACAAGUACUACUGGCCCCUCAUGAAAAACAUAUAAAUCUAAAGUACCUGUACGCAUUAAUUUAAAAAAAAAGCCUACUUAAUGAAAGUAUGACAUUCAUGAGCAGAUGUGCUUGCAUCAUAUAUUGAAGUGCUGCAUAUUGCAGGAAGACUGCAACGCCAAAGAUGAAUUCACUUAGUUAAAUUCAUCUUAAAUGUCAGCAGGAGGUAGUGCUUGCUGCAAGCUUGCUUAUAAAAGGGUGUGUAUGGUCACUUGCCCAAAACUAUUUAAUUUAACUAUUUAAUAAACAAGACUGAUUUGUUUGAGAUCAUUUUGAGGUGCUCUUUCAAAGCCAGUGUCAUUAUAAUCUUUGGCUGAGGUAGAUAAGAUACUGUAUUCACACCAUCAAACAACACGAAAGUUGAUCUUCUGUCACACUACAAUCAAUAUUGCUCCACGUCUUGUAAUUACACAGCAGAAUUUCACACUACUCAUACAGUUGACAUCCCUCAAGUCAACACAGCCCUCAUUUAAACAAAGCACCACAGUUGUUUACAUGUCUUCCAGUCCUAGUUUAUCUCCACAAAUGGUAUACAAACCACACUUCCUCUGUCUAAUGGGUUCAGUCAAACUGCUGCAAUGUCAAUUCAUGCUUUACUUUCUUGAUCAUCCGCCACUUUUAGCCCAAAAAUGCAGCCCGGGGCUUUGACUUGGAAAUGCCCCAAUGAGCACUUUUCUUUCUCCUUGGUAAGAGCUCACCAUUUAAUGGUUGGCUUUUGUUUGCUGUUGUUUGCCUGCUGGGGAUGAGCAGGGCAAAGGCUCAAGGGUGUCAAUUGCCUGUUCCUGAGUGAAUGCCUCUUCCUUUUGACUGAGGCGAACAGCAUCGUUAGCACCUAGCGAUCGUUUGUGUGCGCUUUUGAAUCUCUCGUCAACUUGAUUUGAUUUCUGACUGCUAGGAAAGAGAUGUCUGUCAAGUUACAUGAGUUUUCUUGAAAUAAGCAAACAGUGUGGCUGUCUUAUACCUUUCAUCUGUGCUGGACUGUGCUGUAUCCUGUAUGAGCAAAUCCAACAGGAAAAACAGUGACAGUCCAGCUUUGUUGGCAUUAUAAUGUGCAGUAAGAGCUUGUACUGUAUAUGCACCGACUAUAUCUUCUUGUUUUGCCAUUUUCCGCACUCCCCAACACUAGUUAGAUUACCACAUAAUGUGGCGGGGGAAAUAGAUCUCAUACAUUUCAACAAGGACUCUUUCCAAUACACAAUUGGCUGGCUGCAGAUAUCUGUCGGACACACCUACAUCUAUUUCCUGAGUAGGCUCCAAAACAACUGCACUCUGGGGUGCGUUGGUCCUCUUGAUAAUCACUUUAAUAAUGACCCCACGUAGGCUUGACUGAAGCCGGGCUUUCUUAUUUUAACGCAUUCUCCGAUCCAUUCAAUUUUAAUAUGUCUUUUUGUCGCCACUCCAGUUUGCAUCACAUAUUUAAUAAGAAAACACACUCAUAUAUAGCGAUAGUAUACCUCAACCACUUGCAUACAGUAUUGCAAAGGCCUGCUUGCAACAACUAAAAGUUCAUUAGCAUCUUUGCUUUGGAGGGGUGAGGGGGAGAGCCUCACCACAAGAGAUGAUGUAGCAAAAACAAAAAAAAACCUUUCUGAAACACAUUAAAGACAUAUUUUAUCAAGCAAGCACUUUUAAUUAAGUAAACUGAGUGUUCUGUAUUAUAAUCUGUCGGAUGUGGGUUGUCUGCGUGCGUGGGUGUGUUUUUCUUAAAAAUGCCUAUUAACCAUGUCGCUAAUCUUACUCUUAAUAAAAGUAUACUGUACGUGCAGAUGGAAAUCAUAAUUUGAUAUUAAAAUUAAUAUUGCAAUUUCCCCCCGUGCUUCUUAAAGUAACACUGUAUAUAAGUUAGACAGAAGGAUAUAAUUGUUUACAAUGCUGUAGAUCUAUUUAUACUAUUUCAAGGUUGUUCAGAUGUUUGAUGGAAAGGCAUAAGGUUCAAUAAAAUGAAAAUAUUACUUUCUCAAAA